AUGGCUCCCUCUAUCGCCGACAGCACCGCUACUCCCGUGGUCCCACUCGUGGAAGGAGAUGUCUCGACCGCAAAGUCCCUUCAGAAGGAACCCUUGAAGUUUAGCGGGUCUCUGAACUCCUUUGAUUCCUUUGACGUUACUCCCGUUAUCGGUCGGGAGUUCCCCACGGCCAGUUUGAAGGAGUGGCUGCGCGCUCCCAAUUCUGAUGAGUUGCUUCGCGAUCUUGCUAUCACCAUUUCCCAACGGGGUGUCGUCUUUUUCCGCAAACAGGACGGGUUAGAUGAUGAGCUGCAAAAAGAACUGAUCCAGCGACUGGGUCUCCUCGCCGGCAAGCCCAGUACAUCUGGCCUCCACGUGCAUCCCGUUCAUAACUCGCAACGCGAGCACAGUGUCAAAGAUGACGAGAUCAGUGUCAUCACCUCUGAGCAUCACGAAAAGCUGUACAAGGGGCGCCUGCAGCAGAAGAAGCAGAGCGCUCGAAGAGAAUGGCAUAGCGAUAUCACCUUUGAGCCGAUUCCCAGUGACUACACUGUGCUGCGAUUGACGCAGCUUCCCGAGUCUGGUGGAGACACACUCUGGGCAUCUGGAUAUGAAGUAUAUGAUCGCAUUUCCAAGCCAUACCAGCAGUUCCUGGAGGGCUUGACUGCAACAUAUGCCCAGCCCGGGUUCAAUAAGAUUGCCAAAGAGAAUGACUUCGAGAUCUUUACCGGACCUCGGGGUGCCCCGGAGAAUGUUGGAGAUGAGUUGAAGGCCAUCCAUCCUGUUAUCCGGACGAAUCCGGUGACCGGGUGGAAGAGUGUCUUUGCUGUCGGGGCUCAUGUUGCCAAGAUCAAUGAUCUGACUGACGAGGAAAGCGAGCAUUUGUUGAGAUGGUUCGUCACUUUGAUCGUUGAGAACCAUGAUCUACAGGUUCGUCUGAGAUGGCAGAACCCCAAUGACUUGGCUAUCUGGGACAAUCGCAGCGUGUACCACGCCGCGACGUUCGAUUACAAAGGUCUAGGUCCGCGGACGGGUCACCGUGUUGUUGGUCUCGGGGAGCGGCCCUACUUCGAUCCAAAGAGUACAAGUCGGCGCGAGGCCUUGGAGAAGGAGGCCUAG